ACCACAUUUGAAAACCACACCUCUCCACCUCCUGUCAACUUCAAAAUAACAUUGAAGUCUCUGCAAAUGCUCUGAAACGACAUUAAUGCAACACUUCCAUGGAGUUUUACUCACUUUUGGUCUUUUUAAAACGUGUUUUAUUUCACAACAACAGAAAAUGCUUUACACAUCUCUUGUGUUGUGCUCAUGGACUCUGAUUGAAGCAAACACUUUAUUCUCUCACAGCCAGCGGUGCAGCAUCAGGGUGUGAAGCUGAUCCAGGAGCACAUGACCUCUGGUGGACCGAUGACCGCAUCCAUCAUACUCGAGCCUCACAAGAUUAAUUACACAAUAACUUAUAACAAAACAACUGUGUCCACAUCCUACAGCGUGUCUUUGGGAAAUCCAAACAGUCGUUUUGUUUACGCUGCAAGCUUCACUGCAUUUAUAAUCGUCUGAAUGUGUUUGUGUUGUUCAGGUGUGUUUGGUGAUGAAGUGAAGUCAGUGUCAGUGAUGGAGGGACAUUCUGUUACUCUACACACUGAUCUCACUCACAUACAGACACAUGACGAGAUCGAGUGGAGGUUUAAAGACAUUCUCAUCGCCAGAAUCAAGAGAUCAGUCAAUAUUAAUCCCAUAUAUAAUAAUGAUAAGACUGAGAUAUUCAGAGACAGACUGAAGAUGAACAAUCAGACUGGAGAUCUCACCAUCACACACAUCACAUCUCAACACUCUGGACUUUAUCAUCUACAGACUAUAAUAAACAAUAAACUGACAAAGAAGAAUUUCAGUCUUAAUGUUAAUGCUUGUACUGCUGUCAGCAUCAGUGACUCUACACAAACUCCAUCAUCCUCAUCGUCUUUAUCAUCAUCAUCAUCAUCAUCAGAGAGGUCAGCAGCAGAUGUGCACUCACAUUACAUUAUUCCUCUCUCUUGUGCUGUUGUUGCAUUUCUGAUGGUUUUGACUGCACUUCUCGUCUUCUUCAUCUGCCGAAAACACAGAAAAACACACAAACAGGAUCAGGCCUGUGAUGAUGAUGAAGUUAAUUAUGCCGAAACAACAUUCUACAAACGAGACACACAGAUACAGAGAGAUAAAGAAAAGGAGGAAGAUGUGGUGUACACACCUGUCAAUAUGAGAUGUUGAUCGCCUGUGUUUGGUUUUUGUUAUAUAAGGAUUCCUCAAUAUUCAUUUUACAUUCAUGUUUUACAUUUCGAUUUAUGAUGAUGGUGAUAAUGAGUGUCAGCUGCGCGUUGCACUGGCUCCGUAACGUAACUUAACUUAAGAACAUAAAUACAAACUUAACAUAUGUCCGGGCCCGGUCCUCUCUCGUCUGCUCUGUAAAAACAUCUGCUAAACGUCUUAGAAAGAGCAGUUUUACAUCCAUUCUAAAUCAUUAACAUCUUAGACGUCUAUAUGACAGCAGACGUCACAGAGACAUGUUACAGAUGAGCAAACAAUUAAAAAAUAUAUGAAUUAUUUCCUGUUGUCUAAUUUACAGAUGUAUUGACGUGUUUAAUGCGUGCGAUUAAUUUCAGAUAUAGUUUUCAUGCCAGCUGGUUGAUGUAUUUUGACCCCAUAAUCUGUUUUCUUGAUGUUCUACUUCAUUGCCAGCGCACCUUGUAUACAAUAAA